AUGAUUGGAGCACUUAAUUUGCCCAACAGUCCUAGACCAUUAUUACUUUCCUCUUCAUCUCUUCUCCUCCAAAGGCGCCCACCUCUUGGCUUCCGUGUGAUCACCAGACCAUCGAAUAUUUCACCGGCUGACUGGCUUCGCCUCGCAGGGCGAGCCCAACUGGGCGUCGGCUGUUAUGAAGAGGCAAACCAAGCCGUACGUCUGAAGGCCUCGCUGGUCACUGCUGCCCGAUGCCAGAUCGCAGAGCAGGUUGUGCGAACUGGUAGAAUGCAGCAAAUCUCCUCAGUGAUACAGGCUGGGAACAAUCUUGACGCUCUCCUUCGUUGCCAGCUGGUUCGAUAA